CCUACACUUUGGCAUAUCCGCCGCACAAUCGCGCAAAGCCGGACGAUAUGGUGACGAUAGAUAAUUUUGCUUCCAAAUUGUACGCACUCCUUAUCAGCGAAAAUCCCAAUGAUGAAAUUAAAGAGUGGAGACUGCUCGGGCAAGAACAAGAUGGAGUGCUAUUAUUCAGUUGGGACCAGUCGACUAAAGAUGAUAAUCCGAAUACGCACAUAGGCUUUUAUCAUUACGAAAAGAAUAAGUUAAAAUCGAUCUACUGUUUCGGCAAAAAGGUGAACUGCAUCCAAGCUUCCGUGGACGGUAGUAGACGAUUUUUAGCGUUUGUGGCGAAAGAGCAGAACGACGAAAACCAAGAGCUGUAUUACAAGUCAUAUUUGCACAAAAUAGGUAGCGAAAAUGAUUUAUUUCAAUUAGAGUUGGAAGGCACCAAACAAGCAAUGGUGCAGUUUUUAUAUCCCAAGCAAUCCGUGCUGUCCGAAGCUCAACCUCUUACGUUUCUAUUAAUGACCCAUCAAGAAAACAUCGUACAUUACCAAAUUAAAAAUCAAAACGACGUGUUAUCUGAAGAAAAUUUAACAAAAGAGACGCUGGUCGGAGGUUUCAUUUGGGCCCAGUGGGAUCCAAUUCAUCAAACACUCUAUUACAUUCACUAUAAAAAAGCCAAAAGGGGACUCAUUGAAGGUGACGAAGAACUGCCUAUCGAAAAAGACUGCAAAAUUUCGCCAACAUUAUCUGGGUUACAAUUUCACGACGAAUUACCGCAUGAGAGUGUCUUGAACAUACCUCUAAAUUUGCCACGCGCAUCGGCAUUUUCGAACAACUGCAACAUUUAUGAAGACGACGUUCUUCCAUUAAGGAUUCACGAUUGUACUUUGGAUUUAAUCGUGAUCACCGACUCCAAGGGAUUCUUUUGCGUGUGUCAUCAUUAUCUGUAUCAGCCUAUACAAAGUGAAAAUGAAUUGGAUGAAGACGACGAGUCACUUAUCCACAUGGCAUAUUCCGUCACAGUUUUGCAUCACAGUUGCGUUUUACAUUGCGUUGUUCCGGAUAUACCCUGGAAAAAGGCGAAAACUCUGAGACCGCUUUUCAUUUUGCACGGAGAACAUCUUUUGGUUCGUAUCCCUGAAAUAUGCGCCCAUAUAUUAGACGUCGGAUUAAUGCACGAACCAUGCUGCCAUAUAACUACAAAACCAUUUACGGAAAAUAUAGAACCUGAAAUGCUAUGUCUGACACCCAUUCGUUCGAUUAGGGCGAACUGUGCCGUGAAUUUGGCAACUUUGGAUUUGGUCGACGUUACAAUUCCUACGAGCUUGUUGAAAGAAACUUUUAAAAGUGACACCUUGGUCGAAAACAAACUGUCCAUACUACAUUAUUUAGUUUUGCACUCUGGGGAUCAAGACGUGGCGUCGGAGCUAAUAUCAUGGCAGGCAGAAAAACCAUUCCUGUUAUCGUUUCCCCAAAUGCUUCGGGAAUAUUUGAUCGGAAGUUCCUAUGCUGCGGUCCAAAGGAAUCUACCUUCCGAUGCCCAUAAAUUAGUUAACCUUUUACCGUUUACCACGCUGAGAAUAGGGAGCGAUUUGGAAAUCAAAAUUGGCGGUAAGCUAGUUUCCUUAUCUCAGGAUGUUUUGUGGAACGCUUCUAUGAUGCUGCUGUCGCCACAACAACGGAUCGUGCCCUAUAGAAGCGAUAUAUGGGUGAAACUAUGGGACCAGUUGGCAAAAAUAACGAAAGGAAAACCUAGAUUUAAACCCAGCCAAGUCGUUGAGAAACUUAUGAUAUCGUUAGUGUGUUACCAGCCUGAGAUUCUCUCGAGAUCUAGCACUCCUAUGUCACCAAGCGGAUCGAUAGGCUCAGCAUCUUCACUCAACGACUUUAUCAACAGCCAAGGUUCUAAAAGAACUCAAGUGGACUACUUACCGUUUUAUGAAGUGGAAACUUGCACAGCUAGCAAACAGGAGCACAUCAUAUCAGUGAAUCUGCGUGAACUCAGCAUGUACCUUCUGAAACAGAGUUCGGAUAACCGGGUGAGUAGAUUUCAGUGGCAGUUACAGACCCCCAUACACGUCCAUGCUGUGGCGACUAGAUAUAUAACAGCUCAGCUAGACCAAUCGAGGCAACUUUGCCAAAUACUAUGCAAAGCUGCGACUUACGAUCCCAGAUGUGAGAUCGACAAAGGAUUCGUAUACAUCAGUCAAACGUCUGAAGAAAAACGAUACAUACUAUUCACCAUUUUGGAAAGGUACUAUUUGGCUUUGGAAUCAAUCGCAUUCCCUUUACCACAAGGUUUUACGUCAUUCUUCACGUUUUUGGGUUACAAGACGUUGACGUUUGAUUUGUUUCUUCAGUACGUAAAUCGAAACGUCUUUGAAUUGCAAGUGGACGUAAUGAAAAUUAUAAUGGGAGACAUCGACAACAGCAAGACCGGAAUUGAAAGAAAGUUGCAGUUACUGCGAUUACUGCCAAGAUCUAGAGCCAAAAGGUUGUUGAACCAAUGGCAUUAUCCAGUGAGCCUCACAAUCAGAGCUAGAGAACACUCCUCAAAUAUACUUUCCGGUGUAGUAAACCUGCCGACUGGAAAAAAUUCACAAGGGAUGGAAAAGAAGGGAAUUAGAGGUAUAUCAGCUUUCCCCACCGGCGAUCAGAUGUCGCCACUAGAUUCAUUUUUGGAUUUGCUAACUGCCAAGGCAAGCCUGAACGAUAUAGACUUCGGUUUGCUAAUAGAAGCAUCGGAAGUUUGUAACAAAAAUAUCUCAUAAAUUGUGCCAAAAAGUUCGGUUGAUUUCUCAUAAAAAAACUACAUAAGAAUAAGUUUUUAUGUUUUCCAACACACAAUUUAAAUACGCGGACUGUACUAAAAUUACAAAUAUUGUUAAAUUUACUAAGUUUUUGAUAUUUGAUGUUUAGUUACUUCCACAAUUGUGAUAAAAUUAUUUAUGUAAUUAGAGGGUUAGUUAGCCUGAUGUAAAUCACAAAUAUAUCUAAAUCUUUAAGUAGGAUGUUAUGAAUUUUGUGCUGCGUUGUAAGUGUUAAGUGUAUUAACUAGUAUUAAUCUACUUACAAUUUUUAUUAUAACUUGAUAUUAGACUGUGAUAAGUGUGUUGCUUUCUAAA